AUGUUUACAUAUGCUUAUCCACAAUUAGUAUGCUGUCCAUCAUAUUUCAAAUACCAAUUAAAAUCAAUAAUGGUAAGCACUGAAAAACAAGAAGACAAUAAUCAUUAUUACACAUUUGCAAAAUAUGGUGAACAAUUUUAUCGUCGUGACGAAAAUUCUCAUGUCAGAAUGAUGUUUGAUGCUGCACUUGAAUAUAUUUCUGGUAACACCAAAUUACUCUCUUGGAGUUAUGGUGGAGUUUACACGUGUUUACAAUGUAAAGACGCUGAUACCUUCAAUACGUACAUGUCCCAUCGCGAUGAACCAUGUAAAGUGGGACCGCAUGAAUUGAAUCCAACAGACAUAUUUAUUUGA